CCCUCCUUUUUAGUUCUUCUCCAAAACCAUUUUUCUCACUAGUUCGCUUUGACAUUUCUAAUUUGGUACCAAUCCCCUCGCCAACAAGUUUCUGAUCAGAACAUAUGAAGAUUUUCAAUUGGGUGCAAAGGAGGUUUCAUCAUAGUGCCAUUAAAGAAAAUUGGACAGAUGGGUCAGCCCGGAAUGCGAAAAAGGCAGAAUCCAUUACAAGUGAAGCUGACAAGCAAGCAUUACUGAAACAAGUAGCCCUCGUCGAUGUGCUUGAUGGCUGGAAAGAUGGCAUUUUGACAAUUGGCACAUUAGGGCUUGACCCUUUAAAGCCUUUUAAUCAACAAAACGAAUAUUUUGUUCUGGAAAGUGAAGAAGUAGUAGAAGAUGAUGAUGAUGAGUAUAAUCACGAAGCAGACGAACAGGAGCAAUACUCAGUCUAUAGUGAUGAAGAAGACAGCAAUAUUAAUGAAGACGAAGAAGAAGAAGAAGAAGAGAACCCUUUAAUAUAUACGAGGUUUGAGCACAAUUUUGAAGAGCUUGCGUCAACUUUCGAUGCAAAUGCUGGGAAAUCUAAAGAGAUAAUGAUCAUUGAUCCAAUGGAGACAAACUCAAAUGUCCAUGAGAAUAGUGAAAGAAAAAGGAAAGGAGAAAGAAUAACACUAGCAGAACUGUUCUUGGCAGAUUCUGACAUGAAAAAGAAGACGGAAUCUUUUGAACUCAAGUCCGACUCAGGUAAAAAGCAAGCUGUUCGUGCCAAGAAUGGUCUAUUCUUUGCCAAGAAGCUGAUACCUCAUGUCGGAGAGGAUUCACGUCCAAUCAAGAAAUUUCACCAAUUGAUGAGGAGGAUGUUGAAGAGAAAAAUCCAUCCAGAACUUGAAGAAAAGGACCAGAAGAUAGACAAUCAAAACAAGACUGCCAUUAUGGAAGUUGGAAUUAGCAAUGGAAAUGAAACCGGUGAAUCAAUUUCUCUGCUUCCAACUCCCCCAAGGUCCUACAUAUGAGCUUUGAGUGAUGACCUAAUUUGAAAGAAGUUAAUAUAUUGUAUGGGAGUAUUGUUAUGUGGACAAUGUUAAUGGGGUGGUCUUGUAUAUGUGACAUUGAAGCAUGUGAUUCUGUUGUGUAAGCUUUUGGAUGAUUCGUAAAAGUUGGAUGUUUGGUUGUCAGAAACCUUAAUAGGGUUUUGAUUUAUUUUAUUGUUUGUGAGAAAUUAUUGAA